GGAGCCGCAGUCUGGCGACCGCAGUUGCUUAUUUAUAGCUGAGAGACAUGUGAGUGUAGGAAAAAAAAAGAUAAAAAAAGAAAUUAUGGCGGGACCGCAAAACUUUGUGAAAAUAAUUGUAUUUUUAUUGUGUGUGGUAAAAUUUUUUGCAUCAGUUGACAGUGAUAGACAUCGACUGAAUGUUCCACGUGUUUUAUUACCGGUUUUCAAUGAUUUUCCUGUCAACUUUACCCUCGAAGUUACCGAGGGUGGCUGCUAUCAAUGGUCAACUUCCCGUUCAGAUAUCGUUCGAUUAAUUCCCAUAAACGAGAACUAUGAUCGAAUGUGCUCAUCAGCAGUGAUUGUUCAAACAACGACAAGAGAGCCGACGAGAAAUACAGCAAUUGUUUUAGCAGAGGAUCUUAAUAAUGGCAGUUUCUUAAGAUGCGAUGUGAUAGUUGAUGCUAUCUUCUCUCUUUAUAUGGUUACAACAACAAGGGAACUGUUCAUCGAGGAAGCACCAGAAGCUUUUGAAGUUCGAGCUUACGAUGAGCAAGGAAAUGAAUUCACAACUCUUGCUGGCAUUGAGUUUUCUUGGGCCGUCGGCAAUGCCGAUAAAAGAGGUUCAAAGAUGGGUGAAAGUUUACCCAAUAAUGUAUUAAGAUUUAUGACUUUUGAAGAAUCUCCUUAUGAAACUCCUCAUACCGUUGAAAUGCUGGACGCGAGCGGAAAGCGAGGAAAUAUUGUUCUACUGGAGGGAGUCAAAACUGGAGCAGCGAAGGUUUCUGUAAAGUUGCUUCAUCACGAAUACAAACAUGUUCAUCCAGUUGAAGUCGACUUGAUAGUUGUAGCCAAUCUCAUAAUUAUCCCAUCCGAUGUGACAAUGAUGAUGUACGACUGCUUUACAUACAAAAUAAUGCAGGUUCAUCAAGGCCGACUGGAGGAAAUACACCUUGCUUCCAGUGAAUAUUACCUAGCAGCAGAGAAUUCAAACCUCAUUGAGAUCAACAACGAUCGUGGAAGUAUUUACGCUCUUGCACGUGGAAGAACAAAAAUAUCCCUGCACGACAAGAACGUUCAUGAAGAGUACGGAGUAAUUCUACCAACUGCGUCUGUCAGCAUAAGCGACGUGGCGUACAUAACUCUGACAGUUCUUCCCCACCGAAGUUGGUCAUUGAUUCUAGGACAGACGCAUGAAAUUGUCGUUGACUUCUACGACAGUCGGGAUCACAAAUUCUUUAUCGGCGAAGGCGCGGAAGUAACCCUAGAAACUGAAGAUCAAUAUUUCGAGAGGAAGUUGACAACCCAAAAUGGCACCUACGCAAUUGUUGUUCCGAUUCAAAUGGGUACGACAAUCGUAAAGGCGACCUUGCACGGAGUGAUUGAUCAAAGUGGAAGGAAGAUUGCCCAGACACCGGAAUUGACAACUCGGGCCGAACUCACGAUUCAUUCGCCAGUUAUCGUUCAUCCUCAAACGCUGGCUCUUCCCUGGGAUCCGCAGAGCAAGACAAAGUCCGACAUGACUCUAAAGGCGAGUGGCGGUGACGGAUCCUUCGUUUGGAGCAGUCGACAGCCUUCGAUAGCGACAGUGUCGCAAAGUGGCGCCAUCAAGGUUCUGCAGAAGGGCAGUGCCGACGUGACGGCUUCGAUGGUUCGCAAUCCUUACAAUCGGGACACGGCGAAGGUUCAUAUCCUCGACCCCACGAAACUGGAAAUAAUUCAGUAUAACAUGGAGGCCGCAAUUGGGGAACCAAUCUUCUUGCACAUUGCUCUUUAUGGCGAGAUGAUCGACGGCGCCGAAGUGAAGCAAAUACCGUUCAGCGAUUGUAAAGACCUGCCUUUUGAGGUUUAUAUCCCGGACGGGAAUUUCGUCUACAAUGAAACUGAAGUUACUCAGCCGGUCGGCAUCGCUUGCGCUGCUUUGGCGGUUGUUAGCCUCAACACCGGAACUUCUACAAUCACUGUCACGUAUAACAAAAAUGGUCUUUACCUCAUGGACAAUAUCACCGUCUCCGCUUACGAUCCCCUCGUUGUCGUCCAUCCGGACAGUGGCGAAAGCGUCCUAGCCGUCGGCUCCUCCAGAAGAGUCAUCUUCAAAGGCGGACCUUAUCCCUGGUCCGGUAAGCUCGACGGCUAUCGGCGAGAAAUGACCGUCUCUGAGAACGAAAUCGUGGACGUUAUGGAAGAAAAACUGACCGACCCCGACAUAUCCGUUUUCCAAGUCGUUUGCCGACAGCUUGGCGAGAGUAUCCUCACUUUCACUGUCUCGAAUAUUCCCCUAUUCCCAACUUGCAAAAUGACCCAAGCCACCGCAACCAUUCGGGUGAUUUGCGCAAAACCGAGAUACAUUUUCCUGCAACCGGAAUUCAAGAACAGUGAAAAUUGUCCCAUGAAACAGAAUUCGAACAAAAUUAUGACCCACAGUAAUCAAGUGUUACAACUCUUGGUAAUUGUCAAGGACGAGGAUGGAAAGAAACUGGACAACAUUACCAGUUUGAAUAUCGAAUGGACAAUGAAACCGCAAACUGGGGGCGAAAUAGACAUUCCGGUCGGAACCCUCGAGGCGCCUUUUGAAGACUACAAUGUUCUGCUUCCGGGGAAUCACUACCAGCGUAUCACUUCGAAGUUAUUCUCCGAAACCUUAGUGUUGAAAGCGAAAGUCACGGGUUAUCAGAAAAAUGUUCUCUCUUCGUUGAGAAUAUCUCCGGAGUGGCCGCCAUUCCCGACUGAAAACGAAAGAGGAAUCUUGACUACGCCCUUGAUUGAAGCGACGAUUAAUAUUAUUCUUGUGAAUGACACGAGUAUCACGCCGAAUGAACUUAAGGUGUUAAACGAUCCGAGUAGUAAAUAUUUUUUGCAAGUGAAUCAAGGCUCUGGAUUUUAUGAAUUUCUUCUCAGCUCUGAGGAUAUUGCGGACAUUCGAUACGUUGAACCUUCGAGAACCAUUACUGUUGUUCCGAGAAGAUUUGGAACUUUGAGAAUUACUUUGAUUGACCUGUGUCUUGCGUCGGCUCCGGCAGAAGCUGUGAUUCAAGUUCAACAACUUGCGAAUCUCGAGGUCGAAGCUGUGAAUAAAGUUGAGAAAGGAAAAUGCAUUGCUGCUGCUUUGAAGAUGUAUGACACUAAUGGUCAGUCGAUGGUACUGCCAUUCUUAGACGCGUUGGCAAUAAAAGUGGAGAUUGAAAAUAGAUUUAUUGAAGUGAAGAAAGCGCCUGCAAGUGAGCAGGGGGAUCAUCCGUUCAGUGAAAUAAUUUAUAUGGUUCAUGGACUUGAAGAGGGAGAAACUCAGGUGACUUUUAGUAGCGGCGAAGGCGACGACGAAAUUCGAAGCGAACCAUUUUUAAUUCAAGUCUUUCCUCCCCUAAAACUGACACCGAAGAAUUUAACCAACCUAGUUGGCACCAUCUAUCAAGUUACAGUCACUGGAGGACCAAAAGGUGCAGAAAUCGAAUACUCGGUGGGAAACGACGAAAUUUGCAGUAUCAAUCGCAAUGGAAUUCUGGAAGGGAAAUCAAUUGGAGAGACACGAAUUAUAGCAAGAGCAAUUGGCUUCAAUUCUAAAGGAAAUAGAAUAGUCUACUCGCAGGAUUAUGCCGAUAUCCACGUGACAAAUCUCGAAGAAGUUAAAGUCAUGGUGCCGACAACGAGAAUUAAAGUCGGCGCAACGAUUCCCGUCUGGGCCUUUGGAAUACCUGACAGUUUAACACCACUGAUUAUCGGUUCGAUGAAAGCGCCUCUUUCUUUCUCGUGGAUGUCGAGCGAUCUUUCCUUGUUGAGUCUUCACAAUAUGUACGAAGGGACUGGAAUCAAUAUGAGAUAUCAGAACGAUGUUUCACUUCGCGCCAAGGCCAAUUCGCCGGGAACUGCAACUAUAUUUUUGAAUGUCUCUACUCCUUGUCAUCACUCAAGCGGAUGUACUGCCGAACGAAUUUACAAAGCUUUUGUUAAGGUUGAGAUAUUUGAGGAGCUGAAACUUUGCUACGAUGAUGUGGAAAGUGAGUCGGCGGUCAUUUUAAUGGCGCCAAAUUCUGUCUUCAAGUUGCAAACUAAUCGAGAUAAAUACGGAGUGACGUCUUUUAAAAUUCUUACAAGCGGACCUCAUAGUGUUGAAGCUGAGGAUCCAAAUGCUUUAACACAGGCGUCCAAAAUGGUUACUGUUGAUAAAAAUGGAGUCGUUAAAUCUGGAGAGAAUUACGGAAGAACGGUGAUUUCGAUAACAAAUGUCGAGGGGUACAGUUUGAAGCAGACUUUAACCGUCAUCAUUGAUGUAAAACCAGUUCAUUACAUGAUGUUGUCACUGAAAUCAAACAUUCGAACAAGAUUAGGCGAGGAGUUAAAUAUGCUACCAAAAGGAAUGGAACUGGAUUAUAUCGUAGAAUUUUUCGACAACGUCGGUUCGAAAUUCCACGCCGCUGACACGAGUUUCAAAACAUUUGUAAACAGAGGCGAUUUAGUGACAUUCAUACCCGGAAAUAAUAAUCUCCUAUUGGGCAAAUUUUUAGAGAACGGAAAAUCGAUUAUUAAAAUUUAUAAUGAGAAAUAUCCGAAUGGAAUGUUCGAUUAUGUGUCUGUUAUAAUUGGAGAUAUUCAUUUCCCAACAAAGGCAACUGUAAGUGUCGGCGAUGUAAUUUGCUUCUCGAUGCCUCUUUCAUCUUCCGAUGGCGAACCAGGAAUCUGGCAAUCUUCAGCGUCUGAAAUCGUCGCCGUGGAUCCAAUCUCCGGAAUUGGAAAAGCUCGCAAUGCAGGUCAAGCUUUCAUCAAGCACAGUCUGACGACCCAUUUACAAGAUGAAAUAGAAAUUAAUGUUCUUCCAGUUGCGAAGAUAACGUUAAUUCAAUUGAGGGGCAAAAACAUAACCGGACUGGAAGUAUUCAGCAUACCUCUGGUAAUUAGAGGCAAGGAUGAAGGAAUUAAGGAAAAUAAUGUAUUUUCCCGAGGAUUGAGUGGAUGUCGAACACAAACUUCAUUUUCUUUGACUUCCUAUCCCUUCACGUGCACCAUACAAUUUAUUCCUGCGAAUGUUCAUGUUGGAGUUAAAGAUUUCUUCAUAGCUAAACCUCGAUUCGACAUAGUUACUGGUUUCUACUACUGUGAUGUGAUUCCCGUGGGGACGCCAAAUUUGAUUUCAAGUACAACUGAAGUUCGUCUUCAAGUGAACGCCGUCAGCAAAGACAUGGAGGGAAAUCCUGUGGAAAUAAAUUAUCUGCCAUUAAUUUACAUUGGAAUUAAAGAAGUCGUAUUUACAAAUUUACCAACUUCGUCAAUGCCAACCGCUUUUCUGGAAAUUUAUGGUUUGCCCUACGUUUUGGAGCAAAUAACAAUUGAGACUCCAGAUGAUAUUACAAUCAGUGGUCAGCAGUUUAUUUCCAAGCAUCUUUUCCAAUAUAAAUUGAGUCUUAUGCACACCCAUGACGAUAUUCAAGGGAAAAAGAUUCUAAUCAGCAAUGAAUUAACGAAGCAGAACAUUUCGCUAUUUAUUCGAUUGCCGAGAUACGAACAAUAUGCACACAUCUCAGGAAUCCAUUGGCUUGAUUACGUUUACUUCCAUCGAUACACCUUAGGAGUUUUCAUCGUAUUAUUUAUAACCUUCUUUCACUUUUGGAAAAAUAAAAUGGCCAAUGUGGAUUUGAACGUGAAAAAUAGAAACAUAUUUGCUGAAAAAUGCCCGCCGCCUUUGAGAAAAUCGACUAGUCCCUGUUCUCCAAAUUUGAACAAUACCUCAAAUACUACAAGACAACGAUCGCCUUCGUCACCUUUGAGACCUUUCUCGGCUUUUGAACCUGUUUACGGUGACCCACGAAGUUUAUUCACGCCAAGAAGAAAUACGACAUUACAUACACCCUAAGUAUGUAAUAAUGUACUUAUCAUUUUUAUAGGCUAAUUCGAAAAGACUGACAAUCUUUUUUUUAUAUAUAAAGCUAUGAACAAUUUCAUAAAAUAUUGACCAAUGGCUAAUAAGUAUAUAUAUUUUUUUUUAUUCAUAGUAUUUGAAAAUGAAACCAGUGUUUUUGUGAAAAUACUAAAAAUCGUUAAAUCUUCGACUUUCAAUUGUCUUCUCGGAAAAAUUGUCUUUGGAACCACAGUCAACGAAAGAAUUGUUCCAACUUUAUAUUUUCCAUUUUUCUUAUAAAAAUUGGAAACAAGAAACAGUUUUUGACACUCUAAACCAUUAGAAGUUGUAUUUGAAUAGAGUUUAUGAUU